AGUUUGUUUUUACUUGUUGUGUUCCUCUGCUUCCACACCAUUACGAAGGGAACCUCUAUCUUCAUCUUCAGCAACUUCGCCACAGACAAAGCGCUCCACGUUACGUUUUAUCUUGAUUCUUCCAUGGAGGAGGAUCAUAGAGUUUCGAUCUUUGCUUGAUUGGGCAUAACGGAGCAAAGUGGGCAGUGAAAGCAAUGCGUAGAGUGAUCGGGUUUCUCGCUCAACCGCGAUUCCUCCUUCUCUUCAUUGUUCUCUCUAUUUUCCUCAUUUUCGCUUUCUCUGGUUCUAAAACGGCCGAGGAGAUAAUAGAAGAGGAGCCCGAAAUUACACACAGAGUAUUCUUGGAUAUUGAUGUUGAUAAACAGCGUUUAGGUAGGCUCGUGAUUGGAUUAUAUGGCCAAGUUGUGCCAAAAACUGUAGAAAAUUUUAGAGCUUUGUGCACAGGGGAGAAAGGUGCGGGUGCAAAUGGCAUAAAACUUCAUUACAAAGGAACGCCAUUUCAUCGGAUAAUAUCUGGUUUCGUAAUUCAGGGUGGGGAUAUUGUUCAUCAUGAUGGCAAAGCAUCUGAAUCUAUUUAUGGUGGAACCUUUCCUGAUGAGAAUUUCAGGAUUAAACAUUCUCAUGCUGGUGUUGUCUCUAUGGCAAAUUCAGGACCUGAUUCCAAUGGCUCACAGUUUUUCAUUACCACAGUGAAGGCCAGUUGGUUGGAUGGAGAACAUGUUGUCUUUGGCAAGGUUGUUCAAGGCAUGGAUAUUGUGUUUGCAAUUGAAGGGGGAGCCGGAACCUACAGUGGAAAACCCAGAAAGAAAGUAGUGAUUGCAGACUCCGGAGAAAUACCCAAGAGCCGGUGGGAUGAGGAAAGUUGAACUUCCUUGUUUUAGUGACUGACAUUAGCAUGCCUGGGUUAUAUAGUUUGUCACACUAAACCCCAGUUUGAGUAGCUGGAUUUCAUUUACACAACAUGUUUGGCAAAACCAUGAUUUGGUUUUGUUGUGUCUGAACAUGAUUUCAGGUCUCAGACCAUGAUUUAAUUAGAAAAAGUUUCUUUUCCUUUGAGUCAAA